GCUAGUGGUGUUAGCUGUAGUGCUGGGCAGUGUUGACUUUGGCAAAGAUUCUGUCUGUGUAAGCGAUUUGUACGAACAUGUUUUGGGCUAUAUUGUAAUAUUAUCCGGAUGCGUCGUUGUCGAAGCCUUUAUCUCCUGGGUCAGUAUGCGAGGAACUAUUCUCGUCACUACACCAAGAACGUCCAUGCAAUACCUCUUGUAUGUCCGUCUCGGGAUUCUUUUGGUGGAAGUGGCGUGGCUGAUUGUUGGCGUGGUUUGGUUGGGAAAACAUUAUACUACCUGUCCAGUUGGAUUGGCGAAAAGAGCCGUUUUAGGUAUUGUUAUUUGCAACUGGUGUGUUCUACUGAGCGUUUUGGUAACGACUUGGUGCACUUUUGAUGCUGCUGGUAGAUCGUGGGUCAAAAUGAAAAGAUACCAGAGAAGCUUGAAGGAAGGAAGAGUGAAGUUUCACUAUAAAAGAUCUGGAAGCAGCCACAGGAACUGGAGACACAGGAAAGCCAUGAGGGAGUAUCAAGACAGCUGGAAUAGAAGGUGUCGUCUCCUGUUUUGCUGCAUGGGACAUUCAGAUCGACAAAGGAACAAUUUUGCUGAUAUAGCAAAACUAUUGUCAGACUUUUUUCGUGAUCUGGAUGUUGUACCAUCAGAUGUUGUAGCUGGCCUCGUACUCCUGAGAAAACUACAGAGAUUUGAGAGACAAAGCAUUGUGAACAAGCAAGAUGAUGAUACAUACCAGUUUCUGUCAGGAGUUCCAAUUACUCCAGCUACAAGAUUCCUUGACAUAACGCAUCCAGCUGUAGCGGAGGAAGUACUUACAAUCACGCAUUACUUUCACUAUGCGUUGGCAGUGUACGGCUGGCCAAUGUUCAUGAUGGUGCAAAGCAAAACCGCAUGCUGCCAGUUAUGUCCAUAUUUAAGGUGCUACUGCUUUGCAGCAAAUGAGAAAAAGAAAUAUGAUUCUGCCACAGUUGUCGAAGAUAACUGUUGUUUCUGCAAUUAUGCUGCCCUCAGACGCCUUUGCAGAGAACAUAAUAUGGAGAUUGUGUUUGCUACUUACCACGUAGAAAUUGGAGAAACACCGUUUUUUGUAGCACUGGAUCAUGAAAAAAGAACGAUAGUUAUAUCAAUUAGAGGGACUUUAUCACUUCAGGAUGUUGUCACUGAUCUGAACGCUGAAGCUGAUCAACUGCCUACUGAACCACGACACGAUGACUGGUUAGGGCAUAAGGGUAUGAUCCAGGCUGCUGAGUAUAUUCGGCAAAAGUUGAUAGAUGAAUCAAUCCUUGUCCAAGCCUUUAACCAUUGUCCGGACAAAGGAACACAAAACUAUGAACUCGUUCUUGUGGGCCAUUCACUAGGAGCAGGAACAGCAGCAAUAUUAGCCAUUUUACUAAAAUGCGAAUAUCCAAAUCUUAUGUGUUACGCUUAUUCUCCCCCCGGAGGUCUUUUAAGCAUGCCUGCUGUCGAAUAUACAAAGAAAUUCAUCACAUCUGUAGUUUUAGGAAAAGAUGUUGUGCCGCGUAUUGGAUUGCAUCAGAUGGAAGCAUUACGCUCUGAUCUUAUUAAUGCUAUCAAAAGAAGUCAAGAUCCUAAGUGGAAAAUCAUCAUGGGUGGCGUCUUCUGUUGCUGUCCAGAUGAACUGAAACUUGAUACUUCAGAUGGAUUUGCAGACAAAAUUAAUUUUCGUGAUGUUGCAACUCAUCCCAGUGAUUCAUCUAUAGCUCUUACAGUUCAUCAACCAUUAUAUCCACCAGGAAAAAUUAUUCAUAUAGUACGUAACCAUCCAAAAAAAGAGGACCAAAAGUACGAGACUAAGUGGAGAAAAAUAGUAAAGAAACAUGACCCUGUGUAUCAAGCUUUAUGGGCAGAAAAUACUGAUUUUGAUGAAGUUUUGAUUUCACCCGUAAUGGUACAAGAUCACAUGCCGGAUAAAGUGCUGGAUGCUUUGGAAAAGCUGCUUGUAAAUACAGGGCCAGCUAAGCCACAACGACAGCUAUCUGAGACUGAGAGAAGACAGUUAUUAUCUCCAAAUGCAGAAACAAUUGAGUUAGGAUCUCGCACACCACCACAUCGUUUAGUUUUGGAGACCAGUUUCACUGAUCUACAGCCAGAAAGUGAAGAAGCAAUUGUAGGGCAAAAUGAACACCCUAAAUCAGUCAUCAGCUGGGAAUAUAAUAACGCAGUUUCAGUAGUCUUGAAUGAUUCUAAAGAAUCUGAGAUGGGGAAGAAAGAAUGGAUGGGCAUGGCUCCUCUAGCAUCUCCAGAAACCUUAUCAGAUGUCUCCAGUGUAUCAUCAAAAGGAAGCCACCAAAAGUUAAAUAAUGGGAACAGGCUUUCUUGGGCAGGUGUGCCUACAAUGGAACCAAUAGCACAAUCACCGGCAGUACAAAGACCUAAUUCCGAUUCAAUAGAUGUUGAUUCAAACAAAGAAUGCGGACAUGCUUUUCGAGUAGACUCUGGUACUGGUCUAGAAGACAGUUUAAAUUAUCCAUUAUGUUACAAAGUAGUUACUGAAGCAACUGUUGAAGUAAAUGCAGAGCGAGAAGAUCUGCAUUCACCUCAUUUAAUGGACCCAUCCAGACUAUGUUUAAAUAUUGAGGGCCUCGGUGAAAAUGUCAGUUUUGCUCAAAAUGAUCGUCAUAUGUAUGGAGCUGACAGUAUUUACGCUAGCACGAGCACGGAGCAAACUAUUGAAAGGUUAUUUACACCACACGAACCAAAGCGGGUUACAUUUGAUUUGUACGAUAAUCAGAAAAUGGCAAGAGAAGUUUCUGAGGACAGCAUGUAUAAUUCAGGUGAAUCAUUUGUUCCCACGUAUCCAGAAUAUAGUAACCAGCAAGAAUAUGGAAGCCAUGGUUAUAUGUAUACGCCUUGUGGUUACACAAAUUUUAGUCCAGUAUCGUCGCCUACAAUGGAGCAUUCUGUUUCAGACGUACAGUUGUUCAAAAUAUCUGAGCCUCACAUACAUAAAUUGCAUGAAGAAACAAACAUUCCUUAUCUCCAUGAGAUGGACCCUCUUCAUGAAGAACCUAUAAUAACAUCAUCGCCAAGAAAAUCACAUCAGAGCAUUUCUACUAAUAUAGAUAUGAUGUCGACCCAUCCUAAAAGAAGCGAAUGCCGUGAACCUCCGACUGAAAGCAGCUUAUAGUUGAUGGUGAAAGUGAUUCUUGUUACUUUAAUUAAGACUCUCCUUCUCAUCAGAAUUCCUUCAUGCUCUUCCACGUAAUUGGUCCUUUGACCGUGUGAUACAAUUCAAAGUGUGAAACGGUUACAUUUAUGCCAUGAUCUCAAGAUUUACUCCUCGCACGCAUGUGCAUUAACAUUUUUCUUUCAUUGGCAGCCUGCUAUUUAAUAUUUUCCCAGUUAUUUUCCAAGUCCUAGUCAUUCUAUUUAAAGGAACUCAUUGUACAUAGGUUUAAAUUAAUACUUAAUAAUGUAAUUACGAAGAUGUUAGAUUAUCUGAUUUCAGAGGAAUCGAAUAGGGGAAAGUAUCUAUGUAAAUUAAUAUAUUUUAACAAUUUUUAUAAUUUUUAAUUAAUUUUUUAAUUUAGUAAUUGCAAACGAAUUGAAAA